GUUUUUUAAAGCAAGGGGGUAGCAUGGCAAUUGUCAUAUAGACAUUGAACGGGGCACAGGAAGGAGCUGCGCAGCCGCGUUCAAUUCUAUUUCACCAGCCUAACCAUUAGCGCAGCAUAGGCCUGCACAUUUUAUUUCCCAUUUUACCUAAAACAAACACGUUAUACCUCGCUUAAAAUGUACCGGUAUUUCGGAGAACUCCUCACCCGGGGGGCAAGUAAUGCUCUGGCCUCAGGAUGUGUCGAUUCGGCGCUUCCAGCUUCCUCGGCUCUGAUGCGGGUGCGCCAGUACAGCGAGGCCGCUGGUGAAAAGGAAGACGACCCUAAUUUUUUUAAAAUGGUUGAGGGUUUCUUUGACCGCGGUGCUACCAUUGUAGAAGACAAGCUGGUUGAAGACUUGAAAACAAGGGAAACGCCGGAACAGAAGAGGAAGCGAGUCAAGGGAAUUCUCAGGAUCAUUAAGCCUUGCAACCACGUCUUGAGCGUUUCUUUCCCAAUCAAACGUGACAGCGGCGAAUGGGAAGUGGUUGAAGGAUACAGGGCACAGCACAGUCAGCACAGAACGCCCUGCAAAGGGGGUAUCCGCUACAGUACGGACGUGUCUGUGGAUGAAGUCAAAGCCCUGGCGUCCCUCAUGACCUACAAGUGUGCUGUGGUUGAUGUGCCAUUUGGUGGAGCUAAAGCUGGAGUUAAGAUCAACCCCAGGACAUACACCGACAAUGAACUGGAGAAGAUUACAAGACGCUUCACCAUUGAGCUGGCCAAGAAGGGUUUCAUCGGACCUGGCAUUGACGUCCCUGCCCCUGACAUGAGCACUGGAGAGAGAGAGAUGUCCUGGAUUGCUGAUACGUAUGCCAACACUAUUGCACACACGGACAUCAAUGCCCAUGCGUGCGUGACUGGCAAGCCCAUCAGCCAGGGUGGUAUCCAUGGGAGGAUCUCUGCCACUGGUCGUGGAGUCUUCCAUGGCAUUGAGAACUUCAUCAACGAGGCGUCCUUUAUGAACAUGGUGGGACUCACCCCCGGCUUCCAGGACAAGACCUUCAUCAUUCAGGGCUUUGGUAAUGUGGGUCUGCACUCCAUGCGUUACCUGCACCGCUAUGGCGCCAAGUGUGUUGGUGUGGCUGAGAUUGAUGGCAGCAUUUGGAACCCCAAUGGAAUGGACCCCAAAGAACUGGAGGACUACAAACUGCAACACGGUACCGUCGUGGGCUUCCCCAACUCCCAGCCGUAUGAGGGCAGCAUCCUGGAGGCCCCCUGUGACAUCCUCAUCCCAGCUGCCGGAGAAAAACAACUCACCAGGAAGAACGCCCACAAAAUCCAGGCCAAGAUUAUUGCAGAGGGUGCCAACGGACCCACUACUCCUGAUGCUGACAAAAUCUUCUUGGAGAGGAACAUCAUGGUCAUUCCGGAUAUGUACCUGAACGCGGGUGGUGUGACUGUCUCGUACUUUGAGUGGCUGAAGAACCUGAACCAUGUGAGCUACGGUCGCUUGACCUUCAAGUAUGAGAGGGACUCCAACUACCACCUGCUGAUGUCUGUUCAGGAGAGCUUGGAAAGGAAGUUUGGAAAACAAGGAGGACCAAUCCCUGUUGUUCCCACCUCUGACUUCCAGGCCAGAGUGGCUGGAGCCUCUGAGAAGGACAUUGUGCAUUCAGGUCUGGCCUACACCAUGGAGAGAUCUGCCAGGCAAAUUAUGCGCAUUGCCCACAAAUACAACCUGGGGUUGGACCUGAGGACCGCAGCCUACGUUAGCGCCAUCGAGAAAGUCUUCAAGGUCUACAACGAGGCCGGUCUGACCUUCACAUAAGUGCCCAGCUCAGCCUGUUUGGUUCCCCCUGCCGUCCACGAAAGCCGAGAAAACGCCCCUCAGCCAGCUGCCCCCUCCUCACCAUCCAGCACACAUUACCCAACUGUUCCAAAGCGUACAUAUCAAACAUCUCCCCAAAUCAUCUGCCCCGCUCAGCUCCAUGCCUAUAAAUAUAUAUAUACAUCAUCAUGGAAUAUAUCAUAUGUCAAGAGUGUCCCUGGACGUCCCCAGUUAACUUUAAUUAUUGUGAUGUCAUGCCAUUUUCGGUUAUUUGUUCUCAAAAGUUUUUUUUUUUUUUGUACACUGGCUUCGUCCUGUAUAUUUGUCUCAGUCCUGCUGUUUGCCUGUUUCCUAAGUGUGCUGCCCCUCUCCGAAUAGCUGUUCAGUCGAGGGGGAGGUCCCCAAGUUUUUCCAGAAUAUUUCCCUGGUUAUGCUAGUGGUUGUGGCAUUUUUAUGGUACAAGUUGUCGUAGCAUCAACAUCUGAAUUCUAUCUGCUAAUUUCGACAGCUAUGUGUUGGCCCUAGUUCUGGUGUUGCAUUUUUUGUUUCACAGAUAUUUUAUUUCACUACACUGAAGAGGCCUUAGCUCUCCACGCUGGAGUUCAAGUUUUUGUAUUUUUUCCAUUUUGAAUCCCUCACCCCUCAGUAUAAUAAUGCCCAAAAUGCCAUAUCAUGAUGUACCUCUGCAGGACACACUACUUGUAAUUGCUUAGAUGCACUUUCUCUGUUGCACAGCUGAUUGCAUCAGUCUCGAGGUAUAUUGUACUACUGUGAUACAAGCGGUUUGAUUGUCGUGAUUUGGUUGAGCGUUAGCCAGCCAAACUCCUCAAUGCAGGCUGGUCUGGAGAUGACAUGGAGUCCUUAAUGGGAACAAGGAGCAGCUGAAACGUUAUUUUGGAAUUUUGCUUUGUGAAAUUUGUAUCGCUUAUUUGUUGAGAAUAAAUAAUGUGGAACAAUAAAA